AUGGUGUUCAUCAGCGACGAGCACCCCUACGGCGGCGUUGUUGUCAUCGACCCGGACCUUGUGCGUUCCGGAGGGUCUAGCAACGGGGGCGGUUCCGCGCGGUCUUCUAUUCCACGGUCUUCCGUGGACGACGAGGCUCGCUCCGGCGGGCGUCGGUCGUGGACCGCAAGCCCACCUACGGCGGAGAUGUCCACACAGACCACCCAAGGGGAGGAAGGUGUUGCCCACGUCCUGGUGCAGGCGGGAGACGGGAAGCUGCUGUCCGAGGCGGAGUUGCGGGAGGAGUACACCCAGCGAGAGCUAAGGCAAAGGUCGAACAUGAUGUGGACCACAAACCUCUAUCGCGCUGACACGAUGCCCACGAAAAACCAACCGUACGCCUACGUCUGUUCCUGCCCUGGCACCUUCCGUUGCUCGUAA